AUGACAACACCAGUUGUGAAGAACAACUUCUUGCCACCCGGGCUGGUCUCCAAUCUUGAACAAGUUCUGUUAAGCCGAAAAACCGGUGGCGGAGGAGAUGGUGAAUCGUCUAAUCCCAAUGAAAAACAGGACGAUUCAACCAAGCCCGUUUCGGCCAGUAAUAGCGGGGAUUGUGAUGAUGGGUCAAAAUCCAUAAUUUUGGUCACGAAUAGUGAUGGUAUUGAGUCCCAGGGCCUCUCGUAUUUGGUCGAGGCUCUCGUUCGCGAAGGGCUCUACAAUGUCAACGUUUGCGCCCCUCAAUCGGAUAAAUUGACAUCCGGGCAUUCUUUAUCACUAAAGGAGACGAUUGAGGUGGUUUCUGUUGAUAUUAAUGGAGCCACUGCUUACGAAGUUUCUGGAACUCCUGUGGAUUGUGUGUCAUUAGCUUUAUGUGGUUCACUAUUUACAUGGUCUAAGCCCCUGUUGGUUAUAAGUGGUAUCAACAAGGGUUUAAGCUGUGGACACCACAUGUUUUAUUCGGGAGUUGUUGCUGGGGCUAGAGAAGCAUUGGUUAAUGGUGUGCCAUCUAUAUCAAUAUCAUUAAACUGGAAGAAAGAUGGAAGUAAGGAAAGUGACUUCAAGGAUGCUGUGACUGUUUGCUUACCGUUGAUACAAGCGAUGAUAAGAGACGUGGAGAAGGGUGUUUUCCCCAAAAGUUGUUCACUAAAUGUAGAAAUUCCAACCUCUCCUUUGACAAACAAGGGAUUCAAGGUUACCAGGCAAAGUCUUUGGAGGUCCACUCUUACCUGGCAAGCCAUUUCAGCCACCAGACAUCAGGCUGCUUCACGGUUUGCCAGUCAGCAAAACAAUGCUAUGCAGCUUGCCCAGCUUGGACGUGAUGCCUCUGCUGCUGGUGCUGCUCGCCGUUUGGCAACACAAAAAAAGAAUAUUGAGAUAGUUGAAUCAGUUGGUGCUGCAGGGAAGUUGGAUUUUAAACGAACUGUGAAGUAUUUCCGACUAGAGAUGCUUGACAAAGAGCAGGAAGAAGAAGACGAAGAUCUUGAUUUUAAAGCCCUUGAAAAUUAUUUUGUUGCAGUUACCCCAAUCUCUUUAUCCAUGCAAGUAGAGACUGAGACUAAAAUAGCUGCUUCAGAAUGGAUUUCAUCUGCGCUGCAAGUCGAGCAAUAA